GUGCCUAACCGAGUGCUUGGCAUAAAACCUACAAAAUUGUUUAAAAGUAUAAAAUUGGAAUUCGUUGCAUUCUCAGCUGGAGUUGAACACAGUUUUGACAGAAAAUUCUAAAAAAUUGUUUCUUUACAAAAUGUUAAUUUUUAACGAACCAGUGUAAUAAUGGUAAUAAUUUGUUUUGGGGUUUAGAUAAUGAGGAUAUAGUUAUUACGAAUGUAUACAUAUACGAGUGCGCGUAAGUUUAUCAAAGAGAAAGAAGAUCCUUCAAGCAAGGCACCAAAGAAACACUGGAGAAUUUUUUGUGCACUUGUCCCGUAUUGGUAAGACAACGUUUUAAACAUUUGGAGGCCCCUCUUGGAAUUAGCGUCAAGCCCUGUCAUCCAAAAGGAUACCAUAAUACUCUUGGUUUGGCUAAGAACCAAAACUGAGAUUUUCCAUUUAGUGCAAUGAGUAUAAAAGGAAAUAUGAAUUUUGUUGACUAGUGUAAUUGUUAAUUCCCAUCAAAAAGAGAAAAUAUAAAAAGCUCCAACAGCCGAUUAUCAUUUCAUUUGCAAUGCACUUUAAACAACAAUACAUAUGCAUUUAAUUACAUACGCAUGUAUGUGGUCACACAUACCUUUUUAAUAUGCGAGAGCUUCCAUUCACCGUGCGAGCAGUUAAGUGAAAGUAGCAGGUUUUUAGUUUGCUAAUGAAUUUUCAGAAGUAAACAAGAAACGAAAGAAACAUUUUACAUACAUACACAUUUUACUGAAUCGUCAGAAUAUUUCAAUCUUUAUAAAAUUGCAAUAAUUUGAGCUAAUCAACGACAUUAAAAGUAUUAAAAUGGUUUACAUACCAACGCCCACAGUUGUUCCCGCAGCCCCUUUUGACGCCUCAGCAGAUGCACAGGCAUUACGCGCCGCGAUGAAAGGUUUCGGUACGGACGAGGACGAAAUCAUUAACAUUCUUACCGCUCGUACAAAUGCCCAGAGACAGCAAAUCAAAGCACAAUUCGAGACAGAGUUUGGCCGUGACUUAAUCAAAGACUUGAAAAGUGAAUUGGGUGGAAAAUUUGAGGAUGUGAUUUUAGCUUUAAUGACACCGCCAGUGGAAUAUUUGUGUAAGCAGUUGCAUAAUGCCAUGGCUGGCAUGGGCACCGAUGAGGAAACACUCGUCGAAAUACUAUGUACCAAAACGAAUGAAGAAAUGCAGGAAAUUGUUGCUGCUUAUGAGGCGAAAUAUGAUCGGCCGCUGGCGGAGCAAAUGUGUAGUGAAACCUCUGGCUUUUUCCGUCGUUUGUUGACACUCAUUGUCACAGGAGUACGUGAUCCCACAGGCACCGUCGACGCAAUUGCAGCACACGAAGAUGCCGAAGCUUUAUAUGCGGCUGGGGAAGCCAAACUGGGUACAGAUGAAGCUGUCUUCAACCGUAUUAUGUCGCACAGUAGUUUCGCACAAUUGCGGCUGAUCUUCGAUGAAUACAAAGAAUUAUCCGGACAGACUAUUGAGCAAGCAAUCAAGCAUGAGAUGAGUGGAGCUUUACAUGAUGCCAUGUUGGCCAUUGUUGAAUGCGUUCAGUCACAAGCUGCCUUUUUCGCCAAUCGACUUUACAAUGCCAUGAAAGGCAUGGGAACAAAUGAUGACACUCUAAUUCGAAUAAUUGUAAGUCGUUCUGAAAUCGACUUGGCGAAUAUAAAAGAUGAAUUCGAACGUAUUUACAAUCGUACAUUGUACAGUGCUGUUGUGUCGGAGACCUCUGGCGACUACAAAAAGGCCUUGACGGCACUUCUUGGUGGAGCUUAGAAGUCCGUAACAUUAAACAGCGAUUGCUAUCACGUAAUGUGUUUUAAUUUAUUUAAAAAAAAUAAAAUAACAUCCCAUUUUUCGUUUCCAUCAAAA